GCAUUCUAUGCGCGACGCUUGCGCGGUGAAUUCCGGCGUCCAUUCCAGCAUCGCCAUUGUGCCGUGUGCGCGUCUAUAUUAUUGUUUGAGAAACGCUCCUCUGUUGUUUUGGCGUCCUCUCGCAGAGAGUUUGCGGCAAAUUCGAUUUCGCACGGGCGAUGGGCGACUACCAAGUGACGAACGUGCAACAGGACGCAUUGGGCGCCGUGCAACUCGAGCUGGGCAAUCCGAACACGCUGGCGCUCCGUCGGCCGUUCGACCCGCUCGCACACGACCUGGAGUCGACGUUCAGGCUCACGCGUUUCGCGGACCUCAAAGGACGCGGAUGCAAGGUGCCGCAGGAGGUGCUCAAUCAACUCGUCGAGGGUUUACAACAGGAUUACAACAACUCCGGCGAUGAGCACUCGCAUUUUAUGCAUAUGGCCACACCGCGCAUCGGUAUCGGCUUGGAUUGUUCGGUAACACCGCUUCGCCAUGGCGGCCUGUGUCUCGUGCAGACCACCGACUUCUUCUAUCCUCUGGUGGAUGACCCCUACAUGAUGGGCAAGAUUGCGUGCGCCAAUGUUCUCAGCGAUCUCUACGCGAUGGGCGUCACAGAAUGCGACAACAUGCUGAUGCUGCUUGCUGUCAGCACAAAAAUGACUGAGAAGGAGCGCGAUGUGGUGAUUCCCUUGAUAAUGCGCGGGUUUAAAGACUCUGCGUUGGAGGCAGGUACAAGUGUAAACGGCGGCCAGACUGUUGUCAACCCAUGGUGCACCAUCGGCGGAGUAGCAACCACUGUUUGCCAGCCUAAUGAAUACAUCGUACCCGAUAACGCAGUUGUCGGCGAUGUACUUGUACUAACAAAACCACUAGGUACACAGGUUGCUGUCAACGCACAUCAAUGGCUCGAUCAACCAGAGCGUUGGAACCGUAUAAAACUCGUGGUAAGCGAAGAAGACGUCCGUAAAGCUUACCAUCGCGCAAUGGACUCCAUGGCCCGCCUUAAUCGAAUCGCAUCGCGUUUGAUGCAUAAAUACAACGCACAUGGCGCCACGGAUAUCACCGGCUUUGGUUUAUUAGGCCAUGCGCAAACUCUCGCCUCACAUCAGAAAAAUGAAGUCUCGUUUGUCAUUCACAAUCUUCCCGUUAUUGCCAAAAUGGCAGCUGUUGCAAAAGCUUGCGGGAAUAUGUUCCAAUUGUUACAGGGACAUUCGGCUGAAACCUCGGGGGGUUUGCUUAUUUGUUUGCCUCGCGAACAAGCGGCUGCGUAUUGCAAAGACAUCGAGAAGCAGGAGGGUUAUCAGGCGUGGAUCAUCGGCAUUGUUGAGAAAGGAAACCGGUCGGCGCGCAUUAUCGACAAGCCGCGAGUCAUUGAGGUGCCUGCGAAGGAGUAAUCAUGGCACCCAGGAGAUAUGUCGAAAGCGUGGGGAUUAUUUUUAUAUAUUAUAUAUAUUUAUGCCGAUUUGGAGAGCGGGGCAGCGCAAAACGAAGAGAACUUAGUGUAAGAGUAUAGUGCUAUAAUGAUAACCGAACCGACUCUAUAUUAAUUAUGUAACUUCGAUUUAAGUACUCGAUAAGGAAUUUGUUUUGAAAGUUUAAUUGCAUUUAAGCUAAUUUGCCGCCAUUCUAGAACAGUGCAGUAGCGAUAUUGUUCUUCUGCAGAAAUUGUACAAAAAAUACUUUUACCUAGAGA